AUGGGGAAGCCGAAUUUUGGGGUGGAGUGCCGGGUGCAGCUGCAGCAGCGGGCGCACGUCGUGAACAGCGAUUACAGGUACGACGUGGGCGUGCGCGAGGCGUGCGCGCGCGACGUGGACAGCAUGUGCGCCGACGCGAAGAAGAAGCUGCGGGGUCAGGCGCAGGUGCUGAAGUGCCUGGUGAAGAGCCUGGCCGACGCCAACGAUGGCUGCCAGUCCGAGCUGGGCCGUCUGGUGCGCCACGCCCUCUGGGACUACGCGUCGGCCGCGCCCCUCACCGCCGCCUGCGAUGCGGACGUCGACGCGCUCUGCCCCGCGAACACGGCCACGCGGCCCGGCGGCGUCUUCACCAUCGGCGCCGCCGGCCACUGCCUCAGCAAGGCCCUGGUCGAGGGCAAGCCCCUCGCGCCCGACUGCCGGGACCUCGUGAUCGCCGCCGCGCCGCGGGAGGCGCGCGCGUACCUGACCGCGCCCGACAAGGCGGGCGCAGUAGUGCAGCGCGUCGCGCAGCUGCAGCGGGCGGCGGGGCUUGAGGGGGUGCUGGUGGACCCCUAUAAGCGGGAGGGCAGCGCGGUCACGGUCACGGGCUGGGCGGCGCUGGCGUGCCUGGCGAGCAUGUUUGUGGUGGCCGCGGGCGCAGGGGUGCUCGCAUACCGGCGGGCGACGGGCGCCGACAAGCCGCACACGCAGUACGUGAAGAGCGGGGACGCGUGA